ACAUUUAACUACUCUGUGACAAUUCACGAGAUCGGCAACACGGAACACGCAGUGAACGCACAACUUAUAAAUACGUCUGACUUUAUUAUGUGCGCUAUUACUCUGGAAACCAUUUCGAGAACAUUAUCGACAUGUUUCGUAUAGUUGUUUUUGCGUGUGUUAUUCAUGUUAUCGUCGCUAUAAUAGUGACCGAUUCUCCACCAACGAGUACCGAGUACAACUAUUGGUAUAACAUCAUAGAUCCUACUACUGGGGAUACUAAAAGUGCCCAAGAGAUCCGACAAGGUGAUAUCGUGAAAGGCUCUUACUCGGUGAUAGAUCCUGAUGGCACCAAGCGUACUGUUGACUACACAGCUGGCGGAAAACUCGGUUUUAAAGCCGUCAUAAGAAAUGAGCCAAGCAAUAAUCAUUUAUCUAAACGUAAUUACAACGCUCCUAUCCGAGGUUACUUAUAUCCAGCGCCAGAGAAGGCUAAAGCUCCGAUGCUCUCGACUAGCAAUUUUAUUAAAUAUACUGAUUACUUCACGCCUGGAAACGACACACCGACUGAAAAAAACAACUUCAAUAACGGCGAAUUUUUCAUACCUAAUUAUAUGCACUGAUCGCUAUAUUGUGAUCACGUGAAGUUUGUGUGUUACAGUGAUAAAUAAUGUUUAAAAUUACUUCUAAUUGUGAUACUAUCUGUUAUAAAAUAUGAUAAUACAUAAAAGCUUUAGUAAAUAAAAAAUGUUAUAUGAUACAUUUAAAUAA